AUGGACCCUACUCCUGGCAGCCACGCUUUUGCGUCGGACCUUGACGAAGCAACUCUCAACAUCACGCCUCGGGCGGUGACCCAGCUUUCCCCAAGCGAUGUUGAUCGCGAAAGUGACGUUUCGAUCAAGAAACGGAAGCGAGUUCGCACCGGCUGUUUUACAUGUCGGGAUCGUCAUCUUAAAUGCGACGAAGCUCAGGGCCAGUGCCAGAACUGCCGCAAGUCAGGCCGGCUAUGCCGACGAGGUGUUCGGCUUAAUUUCGUUGAUACCCAGGUGGUCGCGCCUCCGACCUAUCUUCAGCCACCUACGGGUAGCAGUGUAACCUUUCAGGAUAACUCGAGGACCAUCGCUUCAGAGUAUGUCGGUGGCUUCGAAAGGUACCCGCCGCCCGGCCAGGAUCCUCCCUUGGAAGAUGUCGUUCAAUCCUCCACUCCAGUACAAUCCUCUGUGCAAAGCCCGUUUUUCAAACGCACCAAAUAUCUACUCGAUCGGCAUUUCUCGUUCCAGGAUCCAAAGGAGAUGUCUCUCAUGCAGGCGUUUGUCAACCAGAUUGGCCCUUGGAUGGAUGUUGUGGAUGAAAUGAAACAUUUUGCCCGAGUUCUGUCAUUUUAUGCCCUUGAAGAGCCUCUGCUACGCGCUGCGCUUGCGGCUUGUGCGGGGUGUUUCGUAUCUCUGCACCUUCAUAACGAGGCGAAUGAGAGGCUGAAUUACUACAACGCAGCAGCUCAGAUGCUCCCGGAUGCUUUAACAACCAUUCAUCGCGAUGCAUCGUUGUGUGCAACAGCGGCCCUUAUCAUCGAGGUGGCUGAAAUGCUGGUUUUAGGGCCAAUUGAAAGCGGAAUGCGUAUUCGCGUGGGAAAUACAUCCCGAUCUUUAAUCACGGAGUGCGGAUGGAAUACUCAAACGCCGGGCCUUGGUGGGGCGUGUUCCUGGCUCAGUAUUGUCAUGGAGCUGCUCGAUUGCAUAAGUUUCCGGCACACGAUAGUUUGGGACCCCGAUACCUGGGGCAUCGACAUGAACUUUACCGUUCAGCCAUCCAUCACCGGCAACGAGGAACUAUGGACGCAGCGUAUAAUCUACAUCUGCGCCAAAGUCUCGGAUUUGCGCUCUUCACUUCUCACGCAAGGGCUCGGUAAAUCCACACGCAACGCCGAGGCUCAACGGCUCCAACAGUGGAAUCUCUACAGUGGGUGGUGUGAUAAAUGGCUUACUUCAAUCCCGCGAUCAAUGCUGCCUCUCGGUCAAGUGCAACCCUGGCAGAGAAAUCCACAGUCGGUUUUCCCCCAAGUGUGGCUUGUUGAACGUCCUGCGAUUGUAGCUCAGAUGCUCUAUCAUGUCACCAGGAUCCUGCUUGCGGAAACAGAUCCUCUCCGGGAGGAUCGUCUUACUGAACAGCAGCAAGAGCAACAACAUCAUGCGUACAACGUAUGCGGCAUUGCGUCUAAUGAUGAAAACUACGGGAUGCCAAUCUUCUCUGCCCAAAUUCUCGCAAUCGCCGCUGGUUACUUGGUCGAUAGAAAGGCGCAGGCAGAAGUUUUCGCAAUUCUCGAUGAGAUGCGGCGCACUACCGGGCUGAACACUGAUCAUCUGAAGCACAAACUUGAGGAGACUUGGGACUGGCAUUCACAUAACGGGGAACCACUACUCAGUACUCUUGAUGCUACCACCAUCCCUUUUGAGUUUCCCACACAUGAGCCACAUCACGAUUAUUCCCACAUCGGUAUCGCGGACCCCUUUUCCCACACCUUAACCGACACCCACCCAUUCUUGGAUCACCAUCUUACUUACGACCAAUCAUGA